UGGUGCAAUGUUGCAUCAUACAUUGAACUACUGAGUUAAGUGCAAAAAUAUGAUGCAAUGACUCUUGUAUAAUGAAACAUUGCAUCAUCUUUGUGGCAUUGUUUUUCAGAAUUAUUCACUGAAGCACAAUGUAACCUGUAUAUUUAUCCAGAAAAGUUUAACACUUGCUUUUUGUGUUCCUUACCAUGGUACGACCCUAGGAAAUGGGGAGAAAACAUGAAAAAAGCCCUGGUGAUGACUCAGGAAGCACAGUUCAACCAAGCAAAGAUGAGCAGAAAGUGAAAGACAGAAGGGAGAAGACUAGGCUCAAAGUACAAGCAUGGAGGAAAAAGCAGAGAGAAAACAAAGCAAAAUAUGAUGAGCUGAAAAAAGUCGAUAGGGAAAGGAGACAGGAGGCAAGACUACGAAAACGGCAGCAAGCUCUCUCUGAUCCAAUCAUUCAACAAGAACUUAGAAAGAAAAAGUGUGAGGAAAUGAAAAAGUACUUCUGCGAACAUAUUAAUGCCUGGGAGGCACGGAAGUUAGUAAUUAUCAGAGACAAUUCAAGCCAGGAAAGAAAACAGACGAGCAAGCAAAAUGAACAGAACAAAGAAACAUCAGAAAAGCUUCCAAAGAAGAGAAAGUCGACAGGAAAGCAAAACACUGCAGAAAAGAAGAGUAAAGUUCAGGAAGUACCAACUGAGAGAGAGAGAAAGCAAUAGAACCCCAGAAGAGUAAAGUUCAUGAAGAACCAGCUGAGAUGGUAAAACCAACAGGAUCCCAAAAAUACAACCCUGGUGACUUUGUAGCUGUUGGGCUUAAGCCAAAGAAGGGACCUCUCUGUGUGUAUAUAGCAGAAAUAAUGGGUGUAUUUGAUACAGAUGUCCGACUGAAAUACAUGAAGAAGUCGGGCAAAGUGUACAUCUGGCCUGAUAAAGAAGAUUGUUCACAGGAACCAACUGACGUAAUUAUGCAUUGUGUUCAAGCUCCGGAAGUAGUCAAUGAAAGGGGUCAUUUCAGAUUCAGGUCAAAUGAUAUGUUAAAGCUUAAAGUUGAUCUUGAAAUAACACAUAGACAUUUCUACUUUAAGUGACUAUACUAGAUAGUACAAGAAGUAUGGUCAUGUGACAAAAGCACAAGUAUCAUUACCAAACAUGACAUCCAUGUAGUGUCUGUAACCAA